AUUUUACUUUACCCUUUUUUGACAUCUUGGAACUAUUGCCCAUUUAUUACGUAAAUCUGCAAGCAAAUAUUCUUAUAAAAAAGGAUCAGAAACACGGCAAAAAUGUUGAAGGUGGCGACUACUUUGAGAUUAAUCUCAAAACAGGGCAAUCAGGUUCGUUGUUUGGCCACUAAUGUUGGUUACAAAGAGGCACUAGUAAACGUCCCACCAACAAAACUAUCCGUGUUAGAUAAUGGAAUCCGCGUUGCGUCUGAAGAUUCCGGUUCUGCGACAGCCACCGUAGGACUGUGGAUUGAUGCCGGAUCCAGGUACGAAAACUCCAAAAACAAUGGAGUCGCCCAUUUCCUAGAACACAUGGCUUUCAAAGGCACCAGCAAGAGGUCUCAAACUGACUUAGAACUGCUUGUUGAGAACAUGGGCGCCCAUUUGAAUGCUUACACAUCUCGAGAGCAAACCGUGUUCUACGCGAAAUGCCUCGCCAACGACGUCCCCGCCGCUGUUGAGAUCCUUGCUGACAUCAUUCAGAACUCAUCGCUCGCAGAGCCCGAAAUCGAACGAGAACGAGGUGUCAUUCUUCGUGAAAUGCAGGAUGUAGAAAGUAACCUGCAGGAAGUUGUAUUUGACCACUUACAUGCCACUGCCUUCCAAGGAACACCCCUAGGCCAGACUAUCCUGGGACCCACCAAGAACAUUAAGAAAAUUUCCAAGGCCGACCUACAGAACUACAUCAAGACCCACUACCAGCCCUCACGCAUAGUGCUUGCUGGAGCAGGUGGAGUUGACCACCAGAAGUUAGUUGACCUUGCCAACAAGAACUUCAGUGGUCUGAAAAACACUGUGACAGAUGUGCAGUUGACCCCAUGCCGUUACACUGGCUCUGAAAUCAGAGUGAGAGACGACUCUAUGCCUCUUGCUCAUGUUGCCAUCGCUGUUGAAGGUGCAGGCUGGACUGAUGCUGACAACAUUCCUCUGAUGGUUGCUAACACUCUUAUUGGAGCUUGGGACCGCUCUCAGGGUGGUGGCGUUAACAAUGCUUCAUUCCUGGCGCGCGCUGCAUCAGCUGGCAACCUGUGCCACAGCUUCCAGUCUUUCAACACCUGCUACAAAGACACUGGACUGUGGGGCAUUUACUUUGUAGCCGAGCCUCUGCAAUUAGACGACAUGGUGUACAACAUCCAGAAGGAAUGGAUGAAGCUCUGCACAUCAGUCACUGAUGGUGAGGUUGAGCGUGCCAAGAACCUGCUGAAGACCAACAUGCUCCUGCAGCUUGAUGGCACCACCCCAGUGUGUGAGGACAUUGGUCGCCAAAUGCUGUGCUACAACCGCCGUAUCCCCAUCCAUGAGUUAGAUGCCCGUAUUGAAGCUGUGUCUGUACAAAAUGUUCGUGAUGUGUGCUAUAAGUAUUUGUAUGACCGCUGCCCCGCUGUCGCCGCCGUCGGACCUACCGAGGGUCUGCCAGACUACACCAGGCUCCGCGCUGGAAUGUACUGGCUUAGGGUGUAAACAAUUGUAGUAUACAUUUUAGAAACAUUAUUUAAAUCAGUUAAGAUCGGAACAGAUUAAAUUAAACAUUUUCCUCCCAA